AUGGAAAACAACAUAGACAACGAGGCUCGCAUUUUGAAUCUUCAGAACCUGCUCUCUGUCCUACUGCUGGCAGUACAGUUUGCCCAGAAGUACUUGGCGAGGAGGCGCGAGAUUCUGCAAGCCUUCUGCGAUGUGAAUACCCUGCAACUGCGGCAACGAAAGCCGUACAUGGAGCGCCGGUUUUGGGUUAGACCGGGAAGAAGCAGUGCUUGGUGGGACAACUUCGUGGACCAAGUUGUUGUCGCCGAAGAAUGGUAUGAGAAUUUCCGAAUGUCCAGAUCAGCACUGAUACACCUGUCGGAGCGACUACGUCUACAGCUGGAAGGGACAACCAUGAGAAUGAGACGGCCCGUCGACCUUCUCACCAGGGUUGCAUGCACCUUGUACUACUUGUGCGAUGAGGGGCGACUUCAUAAAACUGCCAAUGCUUUUGGACUUUCCCGGUCAACUGUCUCUGUCAUCAUUCGUCAAGUGUGUAAGGCAAUAUGCACCACCUUGGGUCAUGAGUACAUCGCCACACCAAAGACGGAACCUGAGGUACAAUGGCUCGUAGACAACUUCUACAACAGUCACGGUAUGCCACAAUGCCUGGGGGCAAUCGAUUGCACGCACAUCGAAGUGAAACGACCCAGUACUGAUUCCACAGGUGAACUGAGAGAUGGGACAAUAUCACCCUGCCCAAAAGAGUUGGUGGAGGGCGAGGAUGCGGUUCCUGCGUUCAUCCUUGGUGAUCCAGCUUAUCCCCUGCUGCCUUUCCUAAUGAAGGAAUACCCCAAUGGCGGAGCCACUCCUCAAGAACAGUAUUAUGGACUAAUGCUGUGCAAGGCACGUAUGGUGAUAGAAUGUGCGUUUGGGCGCCUGAAGGCACAGUUUGCAGCUCUGAGGAGGCCUAUGGAUAUAAACCUGGAUGACCUUUACUAUGUGAUAUAUGCUUGCUUUGUACUGCAUAACUAUUGUGAACUGCAGAAGGAACCUCUGCCAGAGAGUAGUGUGACUGCUGCUAGGCAAUAUGACCAAGAGUUUCAGCCACCAGCUGCAGCGGACAAAACACACGAGGCUGAAGGAAGGCGUGUGAGGCGUGUUGUCACGAUGUUUUUGGAUCCUUGA